AUGAUGAUGGAAGAUGACGAUGAUGAUUUCUACGAUCCUGCUGAUGCAGUACCCGUAAACCAAGCUCAGAAUGCUCCUCAGAACCAAUCGAACGAAAAGUUUCAAGAAGCGAAUGAAGGGGAGGGCGAGGAGGAGGAGAUAGAGGUGGAAGAGGAUGAGGAUGACUUCAAUAUCAUAACAGAAGCUCCUCCAGAUGCGCCGUCUCCGGAAGUACCACAUCCUCGUCACGCCAGUCUACGAGCAGAGACCCAAAGACCUUCAUCAGCAGAUCUAUCGACUGUUUCGAAAUCCGUCACACCUACAGUAACCCCUAAAAUUGAAGCUGCCACUCCGGUACCUGUCAGCGCAAGACCGGCCGUACCCCAAAAGCCUGGCUCCGCAUACCCGCCUGUGCACGCGUCGACGAUCGAUGUCAAUGCGAACCCUGUUCACCCUGCCACAGGCAAGCCGAUCCUGUCGACAGAUAUGGACACGGACUUUCCGACCGAGGACGACAAACCAUGGAGACGACCUGGUUCAGAUAUCUCCGACUAUUUCAACUACGGAUUUGACGAAUUCACCUGGGCAAGCUACGUUCUGAAACAACAAGAGCUACGGAAAGAAGUUGGAGACCAGAAGAAGCAAUUGGAUGAUAUGCAGAGCUUCUUGACCAUGGGUCUGCCACCAAUGCCAGGAGCUCCGGGCCCUGGGGCGCCUCCUGGCAGCGCGCCGCCAGCUAUGCCCGGUAUGCCAGGAGUGCCAGAUAUGUCUCCCGAUAUGAUGCAGGGCAUGCUGGCAAGUAUGAUGUCGCAAGGCUUGGAUCCAUCAUCAAUGGAUCCCAUGUCUUUCAUGCAGCAUGCACAGGCGAUGAUGGGAGGUCAAGGUGGUGCCGGCGCCGGACAGCAGCAAGGUCAGCCUGGGUUCGGCGGCCAGUCGCAAGGACCAGGGUUUGGAGGACAAGGUGGUGGCCAGCCUCAUAUGGGAUUUGGAGGUUACGAUCAGAGGGCACUCUUAUCCUCGCACCUUCAUACAAAAUGGUACGUGUUUCCACCUAGUCCGGGACCUCAGGACUACCAUCUCGACUUUCGUCGUGACAAUUUCUGCUAUCGAUUAUGUCUUGAUCUUGUUUGUCUGACUCAUUGGGAUACGCCGCUAACUUUGAUCUCUCCUCUCGACCAGUCUGUCCUCCGCAACAUCAAGAACCUCGCUCCCCUCCUGGACCGUGUCCUCGUCCAGCGCAUCAAGCCCGAGGCCAAGACUGCCUCCGGUAUCUUCCUCCCUGAGAGCAGCGUCAAGGAGCAGAAUGAGGCCAAGGUCCUCGCCGUCGGCCCCGGCGCCGUUGACCGUAACGGCCAGAGAAUCCCCAUGAGCGUUUCCACUGGCGACAAGGUUCUCAUCCCCCAGACAUUGGAUUUUCUUUCGAUGAAGUGGCUGACAGAUCUUGCGAUACAGUUCGGUGGUAGCCCCAUCAAGGUCGGCGAAGAGGAGUACACCCUCUUCCGGGAUUCUGAGAUCCUCGCCAAGAUCAACGAAUAA